AUGGAGUCGAAGUCCGAGAAUGCGGUUGAUCUUCCGCAUAGUUUCAAUGGGGACGCACCCGCCAGUGGCAGUCAAAGUGAGACUAUCGAAUAUCCCAAUGCCUUUUGGGCGUCUUGCGUCUCUGUCGGGGUCGCUCUGGGCCUCUUUUUGGUCGGCUUGGAUAUGACUAUAAUUGCGACUGCCAUCCCUCGUAUCACCGAUGAAUUCAAAGGCAUCAACCUCGUUGGUUGGUACGGUUCGGCCUUCUUUAUUGCGCUGGCUUGCUUCCAGCCCUUCUGGGGCAAGGUAUAUCCCUUUUUCUCGAUCAAAUACACCUUCUUGACCGCCGUUUUCAUAUUUGAAUUGGGCUCACUGCUUGCAGCCGUUGCACCCAACAGCACCAUCCUCAUUGUCGGGCGAGCCAUAAUGGGCGCAGGAGGCGCAGGCAUCGCAUCGGGGGGAUACGCCAUCUUGGGGGUUGUUGUGCGCCCACAGCUUCGCCCUAUCUUCACCGGGUUUAUCACCACUGUUUAUAGCGUUGCGAAUGUCCUCGGUCCCAUCCUGGGCGGUGUCUUCACACAGAAGACAACUUGGCGCUGGUGCUUCUAUGUUAAUCUGCCAGUUGGUGCUAUCGCCGCCAUCAUUAUCUUUCUGCUGUUCCAACCCCCCAAAUCCGCCCGUCGGACUCAGGCUCCGCUGAAAGAAAAGCUGUCGCAUAUGGAUCCAAUCGGCAUCUUGCUCGCCCUCGGCUCGCUCGUCUUCUUCACACGUGCGCUUGAGGUAGCCGGUAUCUAUAAGGCAUGGAACUCGGCCGAGGUCAUUGGCUUGCUUGUUGCCUGCGUCGUUGCUACAAUAGCCUUUGUAGUCUCACAGUACCUCCAGGGUGACCAUGCCCUCAUCGUGUCACGGAUUCUCAAGAAGCGUGUCAUCGCUGUUGGAAUGGUAUACGGCUUCUUCCAUGAGGGAGCCUUCUACCUCCUGCUCUAUUACGUCCCAAUCUUCUUCCAGGUCGUCGUGGGUGUCUCUCCCUCCGACGCUGGUGUCCGCAACCUCCCGCUGCUCGUCAGCUGCGGCAUAGGAUCCGGGCUCGCGGGCAUUCUCGUCUCAGUCUAUGGCCACUAUGUCCCGCUUAUGCUGUGGGCAAGUGCCGGCGGCUGCAUCGGCUCCGGCCUUAUCUACACCCUGAAUGCUACCUCCUCUACUGCCGCUUGGGUUGGAUAUCAGAUCCUCGCCGGGCUCGCCUACGGGUCUGGCCUACCGCUAGCGAUCAUCGCAGGUCAGGCCAAGGCUGAGCCCGAAGAUCUUGCUUCAACUACAGCUAUGCUUUUAUUCUCCUUCUGUGUCGGCUCCUCGACCUCCCUAGGAGCGGGUCAAUCCGUGCUGAGCAACAUCCUAUUGUCGAAACUUCCGUCCACCGCGCCUGGUGUCGACCCGCUCAGCGUCAUUGCCACAGGGGCUACCGAGAUCCGCCAUGUCUUCCCCGCCGAUGCUGUUCCAGGAAUCGUGCAAGCCUAUCUCUAUUGUUUGCGCGCUGUUUUUUUGAUUGUCACAGCCUACGCCGGCGUCGCAGUUUUCUUCGCAGUCAGCAAUAAAUGGGAGAGGCUCAGACUGAAGUAA